GCUACGUAGUCCGACCCGAGACAGUGUGACUAGUCUAGCUAAUCUUUUUGUCUGUAAAAAUCGCUUGCAAAAUGGAUUCUGACAUAGAGUUAGAUACGUCAGAUAAAGAAUUUAAUUCAUGUUUUACACAAGGGCCAGCGAAGAGAUCACUGGCUGAAGAAAUGGCAGUGUGGGAAGCAAUGUUUUCCAUACACCAAGGUAAUGAGGGGAGCGGAGCAGUAUGGUACUAUCAGAUUACCUCCAUCUCAUUCUACUUCACCCUUUUACUGUGAACCUGUUAUCAUCACUUGCGAGAAAGAAGACAAAGAAUGUGGAGAAAGCACAAAGAAUGACAAAAUUCCCGUAGAAAAUUGCUCACCCUCUGAUACAAUAACAACGGAAGCCCACAACAAUUCAAGUGAUAUUUUGGCUGAUGUUAUACACAAGGAAGGCAUUUCAGAGCUGAACACAAUUACUUUCGCAGAGACAGAUGGAUUGAGCAAAUACGAUGGAGAUCUAAGUGAAGAGAGCGAAGUUGGCACAAAAAGAAAGAAUCGCAAACGGAUGAAAAGUAAGCAAAGUGAGGCAGAGAAAAAGAAAAAAUUAGCCGAAAAAUCAAAACAAAACCGCAUAAGAAAGAACGAAGAAUUUGCCAGUCUAAGACAAAGCAAUAAGACUUUAAAAAACGAAAUUCAGACUUUACAAAACCAAAAUCAGACUUUAAAAAACCAAAAUCAUGAAAAGGAUCGCAUCAUAGCUAGUCUAACUCCAAACCAAGGAAUGUCUGAAAAUGUUCCCAACAAUCCACAAUCAGCUUCAGCUGAAAAUAAACUUGAUGAGGAAGAGUUCACUGAAAUGAUGUAUCAAGCUGGUGUGGAAGCAUUCGAUCAUGAAAAAUUCCUAAAACUCAUGAAUAACUGGUUCAGAAGCAAAGGCAGGUCAGAAAUACGAGUGAAUGAUAGAGAGUCAACAGCUGGGGUUGUCCGAGUUGAAAGAGGCGAGCAAAAGAUGAAAAUUCGUGUUUUAAAAUAUUACAGGAAAAUGGAAAGUUAUAAAGAACGCUACAAGAAAUGUAAAGAGGACCAUGAACACAACGGCUUAGAAUAAAGUAUCUUAAUUGUCUCGUUCAUGAUAGUAACCUUAUGAUAAUCAAAACAUGAAAACCCGCCAUCUGCCACUUUAUAUCAUCCCAUCGCCACAAGAAAUAUCUUUCAAGGGAAGGAGUGUCAUCUACGAAUUCACAUGCCCGGUGGAAGGAUGCCACCACUACCAACUAAGCGUCUUUCCUGCCACCUUCAAAGAGCCAUUUUUAAUCAUUGUAGAGAAAACCACAAAAGAAGACCAGAGCUGAACUCAUAAAGAAUAUGGAAAUUAUUAACCAAACACCAGAACGAUAAGGAGAAAUACAAGAAACCCACCCAUACCAAACACCGUCACGAGAGAGAGAGAGAGAGAGAGAGAGAGAGAGAGAGAGAGAGAGAGAGAGAGAGCCGAUGAUAUAUCACCUACAUGGCUUAUAAUACCUGCCACCUGGACGGCUUAUAAUACCUAUCACCCUCUAAGACCAUGCCUAACCCAGCCAACAACACCGGAUGGACCCAGGAGAUCUCAACGCCUCAUGGGCAGAUUUCGUCGCCAACCUAUCACCAAUUAAAAUUCAUGCCACCUGACCACUGGUUGUAUACGCCCUGCCUGUUACAAAUACCUGUACAUCACAUAUCUUAACUCACUUUUAUACUUUUAUAGAUGAGCACCUAUGCUAUGUAGACACGUUAGAAGAAAUAAACAUAUGACAACUGAAA